AGCGUGUUAAGCGGAAAGCGGGUUGUACUGGGAGUCACAGGAAGCAUCGCCUGCUACAAGGCCCUCGACCUGGCCAGCAAGCUGACGCAGGCGGGGGCGCUCGUCGAUACGAUCAUGACCCACGGUGCGACGCAGUUCGUCACCCCACUUGCCUUUCGCAGCCUAACUCACCGGCCAGUGGUUACCGACGCCUUUGACUCCGGCUCUGAAUACGCUGUGGAGCACGUGGAACUGGCCAGGCAGGCAGAUGUCAUUGUUGUCGCCCCGGCAACGGUCCACACCAUCGCCAAGCUGGCGAUGGGAAUGGCCGAUGACCCACUCACAACAACUGUUGUGGCCUCCAAGGCUCCGCUGAUGAUGGCGCCUGCGAUGGAUGCCGAUAUGUUCGAGCAUCCGGCCACCCAGGAGAACCUGGAACGACUGCGGCAGCGCGGCGCGGUCAUCGCCGGGCCAGGACAGGGACGGCUGGCCUCCGGUCUAGUCGGCUGGGGGCGGCUGCUGGAAACGCCUGAGCUUCUGGGCUAUAUCGCCUAUACGCUGGGCCGUAACGGCGACCUCAAGGGCCGCACCAUUGUGGUGAGCGCGGGGGGCACCGCCGAGCCCAUCGACCCGGUGCGGGUGAUCACCAACCACUCUUCGGGCAAAAUGGGCUACGCCGUGGCCGAGGCUGCCCGCGACCGGGGCGCGAGGGUGGUGCUGGUGUCCGCCGCCAAGGGGUUGCCCAACCCGCCGCUGGUGGACGUGGUGCCUGUCAGCACGGCGCAGCAGAUGUGCGACGCGGUGCUCGCCCGUACCGAAGACGCCGACGCCCUGAUCAUGGCCGCCGCCGUUGCCGACUACCGGCCCCUCUCAGCCGCCGACCAGAAGAUCAAAAAGACCGACGACGAUCUGAGCAUCGCGCUAGCCAAGACCGUCGACAUCCUUGCAACGGCCCGGGGUGACUUCGUUCGCGUGGGAUUUGCCGCCGAGAGCGAAAACCUGGUCGAGAACGCCCGGGCCAAGGUGGCCUCCAAGUCCCUGGACCUGAUCGCCGCCAACGACAUCACCAGCGAGGGCAGCGGCUUCGGCACCGACACCAACCGAGUCACGCUCAUCGAUCGGGAUAUGAACAUCGACGAGCUGCCGCUGCUGACCAAGUACGAGGUCGGCAACCGGAUCCUGGACCGGGUCGUGCAGAUGUUCCGGGCAUAG